UUUAGUAUCAUACAAAAAAAAAAAAAUGAAAAAGAUCAUUUUUGUUCUAUUACUGUCUCUGGCUUUUGCCACCUGCAGUGUUAUUAACUCUCAAGAAGAUCAAGAUGAAGUUGUCAGCAUUGAAGAUAACUCCCCAUUCGAUGAAGAUGACGAAACUUACAUCGAUCUAUUAAGGUUGGAAGAAGAUGAUCAAAAUGGACAAGAAGUCAAUCCCAAUCGUGGAUUGAUAAUAUCAUCAAUUGUCAAAAAAUCCCUCAAAAAUAUGAUCAAACAAAUGCCAUGUGGUUGGCCAGAAGCUGGUGUUCCUUCAUUAGCUCCUUAUCGUAGGGAAGAAAUCAAUUUACAGGCUAAAAAGUCGUUUUUAAGCACUGUGAGUCAACUAGUACGUUUUCGUCUUGACGGAUUAGAUGAUAUAAAGAUAAAAAAACUUAGUAUGAGUUAUAUGUACAAAAAAGUAAAGUUCCAUUUCAUCUUCCGCAAAAUCAAAGCAACAUCGAAAUUCAACACUGAUACUCUGAUCGACUUGCUGAACGAGCUUGGUAUCAAAGUUCGUUACGAAGGCAAAGGAGCUAUUGACUUUGGCCUAAUGAACUUAUCCAUCAAAGGUUCCUUCAAAUACAAGGCACCCAUGAUCUGGGGAAGUGUGAAAAUCUACAAAUUCAAGAUCGCUAUUACUUUAGGUGGCUGUAAGUCGAAUAUUACCGGAAUAGCUCCAACUUCCAAUACCAAUCGUUUGAUCAAUAACCUUAUCGAAGAUACCAUUUUGUCAGGCAUUAAUGACAAUCAAGCUGAAAUAAGUUCUAGAAUUGAAGAUGUUGUUGUUCCGAGUAUCAAUGAAAGUCUGAAAGGUAAAAAUAUUUGGGGUGUAAUUGCAAUGAAACCUCCGAAGCCAGAUGGCAAAUGUGUUGCACCUCCAGAUCCAUGGGCUUGAAAGUUUAAACUGAAAAGUCAAUAAAAAAAUAUAAUUUAUCCUUUAAAGCUGAGAAAA